AGCGUGCCUGCACGGCCGGAGCGCACCGAGUGGGAGGCGGCAACCUGCACCGACAAUCACAGAGAAUCCUCAUAGUUGUUAGCUGUUUGUUCUGAUCAGAGGAAGACAUCAAGGAGGCUCAGGACGAAAAAAAUGGAAGAUGAGAGCAAGAUGAAGAUGAAGGAGAGAUUUGGCCUGAGGCGGGACAUCUUUAAGGAGUUCCUGGCGGAAUUUCUGGGGAUAUUUGUCCUGAUACUCUUUGGAUGUGGUUCAGUGGCCCAGACGGUGCUGAGUAAAGGGGCUCUCGGAGAGCCCUUAACCAUCCACAUUGGUUUCACUCUGGGAGUCAUGAUGGCUGUCUACAUGGCAGGGGGGGUGUCAGGAGCCCAUGUCAACCCUGCAGUCUCUCUGGCCAUGGUAAUCCUGGGGAAGCUUCCUAUUAAAAAGUUCCCUGUGUAUGUGGUGGCACAAUUCCUGGGGGCUUUUGCUGGAUCCUGUGCUGUCUAUGGGUUGUACUAUGAUGCUUUGAUGGAAUAUACCGAUGGAGAAUUUACUGUUACUGGUGCAAAUGCCACAGCCAACAUAUUUGCAUCAUAUCCUGCAAAACAUCUCUCCAUCCUAAAUGGGUUUGUUGAUCAGGUUAUUGCCACUGCCGCGCUGAUCCUGUGCAUCCUGGCCAUCACUGACAAGAAGAACAUCGGUGCUCCUAAAGGCAUGGAGCCUCUGUGCAUCGGCCUCAUCAUCAUGGCCAUCGGGGUGUCUAUGGGUCUGAACUGUGGAUAUCCCAUCAACCCGGCACGGGACCUCGGCCCUCGGUUCUUCACAGCUGUGGCCGGGUGGGGGAUGGACGUAUUCAGAGCUGGAGGGUGCUGGUGGUGGAUCCCCGUGGCAGGACCCAUGGUGGGCGGAGCAGUCGGAGCAGGUGUUUACUUCCUUUUCAUUGAUCUGCACCAUCCCCAGCCAGAAAAACUGGACGAGAAAAAUGACCAGGACAAAUAUGAAAUAAUAACUAUGACUUAAAACAUAAAAUACUGAUUCAACAACUAAUGUUCACCCUCAAGAGGCAAAACAUAUUUAAAAUAAAUAUACAGUUAGUGUUUUACCACAAAACUGACUACACAAUAUUUUAAUAAUUUAUAAAAUACGCAAAAUGUUUUAUAAAGCCUUUUUUCGUAGACAAUCUGGUCUCUUUCAGGUUCCUAGUUUUAUCUGCAUCUGGCUUUUUCAUAUAUCAAAAAUAUGAAUCAUAUCCUCUUUAGAUAUCAAGUUUAAACUACCUGAAAUAACCCAACCUACUUUGGAGAUUACUAAUUAUUUGCCAAGUUUUAUGUACAGCAUUUUGAUUUUUACAAUUGUAUACCCAACAAACAAGGGGAUUAAAUAUAUGUAGCAAUUAGGAACCAGUUGAUUUGUUGAUUAGUUGAUUGGUCCUUUAUAUUACUUUAGCCAACAUCUUACAGUUAUGAUGUGUUUGGUGGAGUGACUUCUUUAUUCUGUUUCACUUCACCCCUUGCUCAUGCAUUGAAAAAGUGUGAUUGAUUGCUUUAUCUUGCUUGCAGAAUUGUAUUUUUUUGGAACAAAUUUAUGUAGCAAAUCAAGCCUUAAUCAUUUUUGGGCAUUUCUUACUUUUCACUCAUCUUCAUAAUUCUGUGUCUCACAAACGUUCUGUCAUUUUGCUGUUUUGCAAACGUACAAACACCCUUUAUAUUGAACAGCCAUAACUUCACAUGAGACUUUCGCAAACAUCAUUGAAAUCCUUGAUGGAUUGUGUCAGUGCACAUGCUGUAUCAGGGGCAAUAUGCAAACACUGACUGCCUGUUUACAUUUAAAACUCUUCUGAGGUCAGGUAAAAGAAAUGUAACGCAAAAGGACACUGAUUCAAAAUGUAAAAUGGGCUUUCCUUUUUUAAUUGUGUUUGUGUGAUACAUUUUUAGGAUAAAACUAACCUGUUGUGAGAGCAACAGGUUGUGUUUGGACCUGUUCUGAUGUUAAUGCGGAUAUAUGAGAUGAACAUGCAUUUGUACAUAAAGUAAUUGUAAAACUGUUUUGCAUUGCACUGAAUGUCUUUUUACAACAUAGGCACUUGUUUAGCAACGUGACAAUCACUUCAAUUUAGCUUGCUAGAUUUAAGUUUGAGAAAGAGAAAAAUGUGAACCAAGUCAGAGGAAUAACUAUUAUACUUUACACCCUGUAAGUGUUGUUUGAAUAAUGAUAAUUAAAGUUUGCAUGUUUGAUAAGCAGUUAAGGGUGAAGUGAAGUACAUUAUGUUUCUCACUGUUGCAAUCUUUGACGUCAGUGUUUCAGUCCUGAGUGUCAGCCAGUCAGGACCUUAGGUGUUAAUCUUUAAAUCUUUAUGUUUUUGUUGGUGUUGGUUAUUUGCUUUUUUAUAAAAUAGUUUAUUUGUCUUUAUCUGAAUGAAUCCAUUUUUGGUUUUUUUUUGUUCAGUGUAUCUCAAUGUUGAAUAAAGUUUGUGGAAAUGA